AUAACACGGGGGUAGAAAGUUUUAAAUAAUCUCGCAAUAAUCAUGCUGCGGCUAAGGAAAAUCAUAAAUUCAGUCAAUUUUCAACAUUGUAGACAGGUUUCAAACAUUCUUAAGCUUAGAAAUAAUGAGUAUUUUCAAGAAGUGUUCCCUCAUGAAAGCGUAAGCAAAAUACAAAGUAUAUUGGGAAGAUCACAACAAACGUUAUAUGCUGGAUUUGAUCCCACAAGUAACAGCUUACAUGUGGGUAAUCUAUUAAUUUUAAUUAGUCUUUUGCAUAGUCAAAGAGGUGGACACAAACCAAUUGCUCUUCUCGGUGGUGCAACUGCAAGAAUAGGUGAUCCUAGUGGAAGAAGUUCAGAACGUGUAGCAUUGGAUGAAGAAGUUAUUGAUUAUAAUCUUCAGCACAUUAGGAAACAAAUUCAAACAGUUUUUGAUAAUCAUGAAAAGUUCUUCUGGAAUAAAAGACCGAAUGAGCAAGAUUCACUUCCGAAGCCAAUGAUUCUUGACAAUUCCGAAUGGUAUAAGAAUAUAAAUUUUGUUGAGUUUAUAUCCCAAAUUGGACGACACUUUCGUAUGGGCCAAAUGUUGUCAAGAGCUUCGGUACAAAGUCGUCUUCAAGGUGAACAAGGAAUGAGCUUCACAGAAUUUACUUAUCAAAUCUUUCAAGCUUAUGAUUGGGUGCAUUUAUUAAAAACAUACAAUUGUAAUUUUCAAAUUGGAGGAAAUGAUCAAAUGGGAAAUAUAAUGACAGGCCAUGAAUUGAUCAGCAGAGUUUCGAAAAGUUCAGAAGUUUUUGGUUUGACACUUCCGUUAAUAACAAACGAAGAAGGUGACAAAUUUGGAAAGUCACAAGGAAAAGCCGUUUGGCUUGAUGCAAAUAAAACGUCAGAGUUUGCUUUCUAUCAAUUUUUCGUUCGACUUUCAGAUGCCGAUGCAGAAAGAUUUAUGAAACUUUUAAGUUUGCUGCCUGAUAACGAAAUGAAUGAUUUACUGAGAAAUCAUAAAAAACUUCCCGAUCUUAGAGAAGCACAAAAGUCACUUGCGCAAGAUUUAACUUUAUUAGUUCACGGCGAAGAAGGAUUAGAAAAAGCCCUCAUGAUCUCCAAAGCACUUUACAGUGGAAACAUUCAAUCACUUGGAGAACUCAAACCGGAAGAAGUUCCCAAUCUUUUCACAGGAGCCUCUUAUGUGGAACUUUAUAUGGAACCUGGAACGACAAUGCUCGACGCAGCAAUGAAAGUGAAAUGCUUUCCAACCGAACAAGAUGCUUAUCGAAUAAUCAACGCUGGAGGAUUUUACAUCAAUCAGCAAAAAACUAAAAAUCCAAAUGAAAUUCUUUCACGUGAUGUUCAUGUUUUAAAGAACGGAGUUUCAUUGUUUCGUGUUGGAAAGAAGAAUUAUUAUGUCGUUAGAUGGAUGUAG